AUGUUCAAUGCCGUCUCCAGCUGGUGGGGAGCUAUCCAGAAGAAAGGAGACGACGAACCGAAUAGUACCAGUGGCCAGGCACAGCCUGAAGCAGAGGACCAAACAGAAGCUCCCAAAACAACCCCUGAAGGAAAAGAUGCUUCUAAGACUGAGGAAUCUGGCGCUGAUGGUGCCACGGCAGCUGCACCAACAUCGGCCACCACGAUUCCAACACCUCCUGCGUCAGGAGGGGAAGAUUCCCCUCCGACUGAAUCGGCCUCUGAGCAUGAAUUGAGUGGGUCCGACACGGCCAUUCCACCUAUUCCACCUUUGCCUGGCAAACCCAAGAAAAAGAAGAAGCUUAGGGUCCCUUCGGAUGGGGCCGGAGACGAAGCGCUACUGACCAGUAGUGAUGACGAAGAUGCCGAGGGUCCCGAUGUGGUAGACGAGAAAAUUGAAGCGGCCAAGCAAGCUAUUGAAGAUGUGUCCACUAAAGCUGUCUGCGCAGCCAAAGAAUGGGGAAGUAUGUGCAAAUAUAAUCCUUUUUAA